UGUGUGUACAUCUGUGUGUGUGAAUGUGUGUGUGGGUUGAGGAGGAGGAGGAGGAGGAGAGCUCCGUCUCUCCGCACAGGACCCGACAGAUCCGCAAACCCACCGCGGAGCAUCAGUGAGCGUCGGACGGGAGGAUGAGGACGAGGACGUCGGUGUGUAGUGGAUCUUACCGGCGGAUUGAAACCAGGACGACGCGACUGCUUGAUCCGGAUUGUGUGUUUUCAUCUGGAAUCUGGACGCGGAGCCGGGGAACCGCAAUGGAGCAUCGGUGCGGAGCGUGAGAGCCGCUGCUCGUCGGCUUCCAGGCGAAUGCUCCAGACAAUAAGCAAAGGAAAUUAGCCUUUUAGGAACCGUGGCAUCCCUUCGUGUGCACCGGGGCUUGUGUUGUUCUGCUGUGUCGCUAUUUCCCACAGUGAAUUUGUUAUUAAUGAUUCAGAAAUCAAUGGUUACACAAGUCACGCGCAGACAGGAGCACAUCCAGGCCAAUUAAAGGCUCCGGGAAGCCUGUUUUUUUUUCCAAUGAGAGUAGCUUGAUAUAGAUUCGUUUUUUUAUUAAAAUUAAUCAGAGAGCAGUCAUGUCAAAGACUAAGAGCAGCGAGUCGGUGAAGGUGGUGGUUCGAUGCCGUCCCUUGAACCGGAAAGAGGAGUCGCACGGGCCUGCAGGGGGCAUCGUGCAGAUGGACCUGGGUCUCGGACAGGUGAUCCUCAGGAACCCUCGAGCACCGGUCAGCGAGCCCCAGAAGACCUUCACGUUCGAUGGUGUGUAUGAUGCAAGCUCCAAACAGAGAGACCUGUACGAUGAGAGCGUGAGGCCCCUGAUCGACUCGGUGCUGGAAGGCUUCAAUGGCACCAUCUUUGCAUACGGGCAAACCGGAACUGGGAAGACGUACACCAUGCAGGGGGCAUGGAUGGACCCAGAGAAACGGGGGGUGAUCCCCAACGCUUUUGACCACAUCUUCACACACAUCUCCCGCUCGCAGUCCGACAGGCAGUACCUGGUGCGGGCGUCCUACCUCGAGAUCUACCUGGAGGAGGUUCGGGAUCUCCUCGAUCCCAACCAUGACACCGCCAGAGCCCUGGAGCUCCGAGAGAGUCCAGAAACCGGAGUGUACGUCAAAGAUCUCACAUCGUGUGUCUGCAAGAGCAUCAAGGAGAUCGAGGAGGUGAUGAACGUGGGCAACCAGGCCAGGGCGGUCGCGGCGACAGACAUGAACGAGUACUCGUCCAGGUCCCAUGCGUUGUUCCUGAUCACGGUGGAGUGCAGCCAGCCGGGACCAGAUGGGAGGAAGCACAUUCGAGUUGGUCGCCUCAACCUGGUGGAUCUGGCGGGUAGCGAGCGCCAAGCCAAGACCGGCGUCCAGGGUGAGCGCCUGAAAGAAGCCGCCAAGAUCAACCUGUCCCUGUCAGCUCUGGGGAAUGUGAUCUCAGCACUAGCAGAUGGACGCAGCGGCCAUGUGCCUUACCGGGACUCCAAGCUCACCAGGCUGCUGCAAGACUCUUUAGGUGGGAAUGCCAAGACGGUCAUGGUGGCCACCUUAGGCCCGGCCCCCCAGCACUACGACGAAACCCUCACCACCCUCCGCUACGCCAACCGAGCCAAGAACAUCCAGAACCAGCCGAGGGUCAACGAGGACCCCAAGGACGCUCUGCUGCGCGAGUUCCAGACGGAGAUCGCUCGCCUCCGGGCCCAGCUCAACCACAGGAAGUGGAGCAGCAAACAGAAGAAGGAGCAGGUGGAGGGUGAGAGCUGGGAGAGAGACGAGGACGAGGAGACGGAGGGCGAGGACGAGGAGUUGGAGGGCGAGAAGGACGCAGAGGAAUACGUGAAGCUGCAGGAGCAGCGGCUGGAGAGGGAGAAGGAGGCCAUCAGAGAUGAUCGAUUCAUGUUGGCCGAGGAGAAGCAGAAGCUGCUGGGAGAGAAUCAGAGGAUGAUGGGGGAUCUGAGGAAGGAGCAGGAGGCCACCGAGCAGCUGACCGCCAAGUACAAGGCGAUGGAGAGCAAGCUGCUGGUCGGAGGUAAGAACAUCAUGGAUCACACCAACGAGCAGCAGAAGAUGCUGGAGAUGAAGCAGCAGGAGAUCGCUGACCAGACCCGCACGGAGAGGGAGAUGCAGCAGCAGAUGUUCGUCCAGGACGAGGAGACGGUGGAGCUCAGAGAGACCUUCACUUCUCUGCAGCAGGAGGUGGAGGCCAAGACCAAGAAACUCAAGAAGCUGUACGCCAAGCUCCAGUGCAUCAAAGCCGAGAUCCAGGACGUGAACGACGAGCACGUGAGGAGCCGACAGGAGCUGGAGCAAACUCAGAACGAGCUCACCAGAGAACUCAAGUUCAAGUACCUGAUCAUAGAGAACUUCAUUCCUCCAGAGGAGAAGAACAAGAUCAUGAACAGGCUGACCUUCGACACCGAGGAGGACCAGUGGAAGUUCCAGCCCCUGGUUCCCGCUGAGAGUAAAUCGUCUCAGAUGAAGAAAAGGCCGUCGUCUGCAGUCGGAUACAAACGACCCAUCACCCAGUAUGCCAGGGUGGCCAUAGCUAUGGGAGCCCACUCCAGAUACAGGGCGGAGAACAUCAUGUUCCUGGAGCUGGACAUGACUCCUCCGAACACGGCCUCUCUGGAGCGCUCGACGGAGCCGAACCAAAGCACCUCCGGGGACAACUCGCCGUCCAAGGAGCGGGGGGGCGUCCGCAAGUCUCGCUCCUGGUGUCAGACGCCAAAGUCCAUCACGUCCUCCUCGUCUAACGCUUCCCUGGCGGCGUGUCACGCUGCCUCACCCACCGCGGCACAGUAAAGCUUCAGUGAAGAAGCUUUAGGUGUUUGUUUUUCUAUUGUUAAUUUAUUUCAUUAUUCUGCUUCCUCCUGCUGAUUUUCCUCUGAAAACAUUUCACAGCGAGGCCCACAGCCGGGACACAAGCACACGCUACGACCUCUGCCGAACCCUGAAGGUCACAGACUUUUAAAGGGUCGCUAAUAAAGAACUUAUCUCCUGACGGGAAAAACUAAAUGAACUCAGAAACUUGUAGAAAACAUCAGUUCCUCUUGUUCUACGGAUGUAAAGACUUUUUUUUCCUCCUUCGUUCCUGCAUGUUUGGGACCAAGAGCCGUGGAUUGUCUUUUAAACAACGUCUGGCUGCAGAGUGGUUCUGCAGCCAGACUGGUGUGUGUGUGAGUGUGUGUUGUGAAUACGGGGGUUGUAUGAUUGUCUGUUUGUGUUUCUAAUUGUGACCAGUUGAGAUCUGAGAGCUCACAAACUGCUUGAUUCCCCUGUAGAAUAUCAAUCAGUGUAAAUAUGUCAUGUUUUAUUUUAUUUUCCUUCGGGGGGGGUUUGGUCCGAUCCAUCGUCGGCUCCCCUAAGAUUGUUUAUGUCUGUGUUGAGCACGUUAGAAAAUAUUAAUAUAUCAUAUGAACUGUGCUGUGGUUGGUCAGAGGUGCGUUGAAGCCUGAAUGAUGACCUUCAUCUUUAUACCCGGUGUCACUCAUCAUUCUUCUGUCCCUCCACGAUGUCUAACGAAUAAGAAACGCCUUCAAAUAAUAAUCAGAAGAAAAAGGAGAUAUGAUUAAGAUUCCCUAUAAUUAAGGACUUGUCUCCAGUGCAUAGCAAGAGCCGCUGAAUGUACUACUGGCUAUGUACUGUGCAUAUUGGUUUCUGUGAAAUGACACAGUUAUAAAGAUGUUUCUUUAAAACCCCCCCGAAAGGCUGCUGAGGUAAGACAGUCAGUAGAAGCUGCAGCUGGACCGAGUGGAGCGUCCCUGUGGUUCCGGAGGCAGCGAGCAGUCACUCCAUUGUCUUCUUCAUGGAGGUGAAGAGGAGCGGACGGCGGGGGGGCACGGAUCACCACUGUAUUAUUGAUGCUUCAGAUCCUGUUGCAGCCGAACCCCCUGCAGAGUGCAAGAGAGCACCCAGUCUAUUUCCCAAUGAGAUCCAAACGUCCACAUCUCUGUUACGUGACCUCAUCGUCCUGUGUGUCUCAGAAUAUGUUUUUAAACCAAAACAUCAUAUCAUUUACUAUAUGUGAUAAUAUGACAGACAUCUGCAUUAUGGCUGAAUCACUUAUUGGAUGCACAAAGUGUCAAAAUUUGCCAGAAAUGUUGGUGAAGUUUGAAAAUUACAGAAGCUGUUUUGAUUGAAAUCUAUUUCCGUCUCAGACUGAUUGACACUGAGGGUUUUGAAUGUUUAUCUUCAUGUAUAAUCCAGAUUCAAAACAGCGUCAAACUAUUGGUCAAAUAAAUACAUUUAAAUAAUGAUAUUCAAGCUAAAACAUAUUUAAAACAAAUUGUGUCUACGAUUCUGAAAACAUCAAAUUUUAACGUUUAAAACAGUAAAUUAUUUAUUCGCCUCUAUUGUAAAAUUAAAUGAUGUUCCAAACUGAACUGAGGUCAGUUUCUAAUGUAACAAACAUUGUUGUCAUAUUAUUCAGUAAAAAAAAAAAUACAUAUAUAUCCAUGAACGUUUCCCAUCUGUGUCAGGGCCGUGAAAUUAUUGUACAAAUGUGUGUGUGUGUGUGAGGACUGUGGGGGAGGGGCGGAGCGAGGCUGCUGCUGCUGAUGGAAAGA